GGGAUGUGCUUCCUGUGACAUAUGGAGGAACCCUACCACAUUCUAGCUGGAAUUGAGUGUCACCUUGGUCUAAACGGGUCCUUUAUGUUACCAACGUGUUUGUGUUUCUCUAGUCUUUUAGUUCUGGUUAUCCUCAACAUGAUGCUGUUCUACCGGCUGUGGUCUCUGGAGCACACAGCCCGAACCGUGGAGUCAUGGCAGACGUAUGCGCUCUCCAGUGGGAAGCUUCCACAGACGGCCUCGGAAUGGGCAGAGAUUUUGGAGUUGCAGAAACAGUUCCAUAGCGUGGAGGUGCAAAAGUGGAAACAGAUCCUGAAGGCAUCAGUGGAACUUCUGGAUGAGAUGAAGCUCUCCCUGGAGAAGUUGCAGCAAGGCAUCAUGGUGGCAGAACCCCCGUUGGAACCGGAGUGAAGGCACAGUACCUUCCCCCCUCUCUCUCUCUCUUUUGAGAAGGUUGCUGAGUUACCAGAAAGAAGGCUCCUGAGAUCUAUCUCAGAAACUGUUGAACCAGUGGCGUGGACAUCCUGCGGGAGGAGACAGCACCGGGCUCCUCGCCAGAUCCAUCACCUUGGACAUUAUCCUCAAGGGUUGCCCCUGGUAGCGAUGGGUCUCUUGGUUUUUGCCGGGAACAUCUUUCUUGGACCAUUCUCCCUGGGAUAGUUCCUGUAGGGACUUCUCUUUAUCCCUUUCCCCACUCCAGUGCUAUUUUUAUUGCAGCCAGGACCUUCCGAGAAUCCUUGAUUUUCCUGUAUCCUGGCACCGGUCCUUUUAUUUUUCUUUCCCCCAGCUAUUGUUUGGGGAGGAAGGGAUCAGUUUUGGGGAAGGGGGUGUCCUCUGGAGCUGGGAUCUCUCUUUUGCCCUGAAACUUCACUCAGCAGCUAAGACACCCUAAUGGAGGACAGCAAAAAACCCAGUCCUGCCAUUCUCUUAGUCUGCCUCUCUAACGCACAAGCGAUCAUGAACUGACGGCGGGGCAAAAGCAAAUCAGAGG